CUUGGGUUGAGCUGCUUAAAUUUGGGCUACAAAAUGGGGUCUGACUAUAAACUUUAGCCAGUACAGUAUAAACAUGUGUAAAAACAUAACCAACAUCUAUCCAGAUGCACUAAAAAGUCUGUGUCUCCCAGAACAGAUUAAGAUAAGAUACUCCUUUAUUAAUCCCACAAGGGGAAAUUCCCAAUAAAUUUGAGUGGUUACAUCAAAACGGUAGGUAAAUUAAAAGUAACGUACAAUCUACAUCAACGUAUCAAAGUAAAAAGCUGCUGUUAUCCGACGGUUAACCUACCAGGUCUCUGCAGGAUGUGAGGGACAAAAGCUGGUCUCAUCAUGGGAGGACGAACUGGGGGGACUGGGACAGACACAGACAGAGAGAAGCAUAAAAGUCAUGUCAGAGCUAACUUUGAGUAACACAUUUUUUACCACUGCCAAAACUUUAUUGACUCUUACCUGGUCCCACAAAUGUCGGCGGUGGAGGACCGACAAAGCUAGCAGCUCGGGCUUCUAACGUCUGCUGGACCUGAGGGAGUAAGAGAGAGGAGAGCCAGAGUAAGACACUGACAGAGGACCACGAGUUAGAAAGACACCAAACACUUGACUCUAAAAUGAGAGGAUGGUGUGUAGAAGCACAGACCUGUCUGUACGUGUUAGUGCCGAUAAUCGGUCGCACCAGAGGAACAGUAGGAACAGACAGAGCUACAGGUAAAGCCUCCAUGACAGGUGGGCUUCCUGUAACAGGUACUGGACCACCAAGAACCUCCUGCUCAAAUCUACAGAGAAGGAGGCAGAGUGAAAGAGCAGGUUAACGAAAGCUGUUUCAAUGCAGGAGGAGUCAAAGAAGAUACAUCCUCUCUAAAAAUAUACACUUGUCAGGUAUUGUAUUUAUAUACAGGGCCUGGUGUGUUAGAUUCACAAGGAGCCCCAAACCCUGCACAGGUGGUCCCCCAUAGAGUCAAUAACCCUCAAAUACUCACAGAGCCAUCUCAGCCUCCAUCUCCUUCAGACGGUCCUCUCCUGACUUCAGAGCCAUGCUGAGACAAAAUAAACACAGAUUCAAGCUUUUAUUUCAUCUAGAAAACGGACUGAAAGUCAAAUCAGUGCCUUUUUAUGUUCUGUGGUGACACGACUGACCAUUUUAGGUCAUACUUUCAAAUGCGUUAAACCGUGCAUUACACAACUAACCUUAGUCUGUGAUUUAAAGUGUGUGGAUUCAGGCAGUUACUGUUCAAAUGAAUGGAUGAUCCUCACGGUGUCAGUUCACGUCGGCUAACUCCGCUAGCUUCACGGUAAACACCAGCUACCCGCGAACGUUGACCGCCUGUAAAACUGCUUCACUAAUUUCUACGCGGCUGCUCGUUAUCCAGAUCAUCGAAGAUAAACAUAAUGAACUAAAACACGGAAAAACAAACAAAGCUAAACGAGUUAUGAGUGUGCUUCUUCGAAGAACCGUGUUCUUGAUUUUCUUCUUCCCCUCUUACCAGAUUGUAGUUUCCUUCUCGUCUUUGCUAGCCGCUAAGUACUAGCGCCCUCUGCUGGAACCUCCGCCUUUCUUUCUUUCUUUCUUUCUUUCUUUCUUUCUUUCUUUCUUUCUUUCUUUCUUUCUUUUCUGUUUUGUUUUUUGGCAGACUCGACGCAUCCGAGGAAUAUUGCUGUCCUCGGCUGUUUCCAUGUGAUAUCUGUUACAUCUCAAUCAUGUAUAUCCCAGUGGACUGCUACGGUGACCGGCAAUUGUCACUGCUGCAAAUAAGAAAUAAAGAAGAAUCCAAAAAAGAAAAAAAUCCAAUAUCAUUUUGAUUUUUUCCUGCUUUACUGCAUUUUUGGCCACAAUGUCUGCUUUCUCAUUCCCCUGUAAACCCACAUGUGCUAGUAGUAGCAGCACAUCCUACCUCACAUCCCAUUUUGUUACAGAGUUAGGCACAUUUCCAUGAUUAAAUCAGGUCUGGAUUUGGACCAUGCAUCUAAUAUUUUCUGUACAGUAGCAGCCGAAUCACUGCAUAUGACUGCUUAACUUGGUUUGUUGUUCUCCACCCACUGAAGAGCCUUAAAAUUGCCAUCAUCCCUGCUGUGUAUACUGACAUGUGAUCUGAUAUCCUUUAGCGUAAAUGAAUCUGAUAGGUCUGUAUCUGGAGGUGAGGGCUGGGUCUUUGUCUGGAUUCAGCUAAACUGUUAUGAGUGUGUUGUUCAUCUGUGUAGGUAUGGCUCCUGAGGAUGAUGUGGUUGACUGUCCUGAUAAAGAAAGGCCUAUGAGUGUCUGUCAGAACUAUGUGAUCUGUAGUUGGGCAUGGAGAAGAUGGCUUUCCUGAUUUCAUCCUUGGUUGUGGGUUGGUCCAGAAGGGUGGCUUGGUUUAAUCAAGAAAUGAGUGACUAUUGGAUAUAUUUGUGUUUUUGUCAAAAUGGUAAAGCUGUUGGUAAUAAUUGUGAAAAAAAACAACAACAAUGUUUAUUUCUUGUGGGUUAUGAACCAUAUUCCCUGGGCAUCUUGAACUGCAGUUUUUCAGUUCAUGGACAAUAAAAUAACUGGAUUUUUCACUGUGUUCGGAAAAGUUAAGUUUGGUUCUUUGAAUGGGAAACUGAGUUUUUUUGGUUUAUGAGAUUUUAAAGUUGUGAUUUAGUUUUCUAGAUUUCAUUUUGAAUGUUUUUAAUUGGAAAUUGUGAGUAUUAAAGUUCGAGAUGUUUCAGUUUUUGUUCCAAAUCUAGUUGAUUUUCAUUUUUUUUUUUUUUUUAAAUGUGGAGUAUGCAAUGAUAUGACCUCGGAUUACUGCUCAGGCUGUUUCACGUGGUGUGGGUUCACAGUCUAUGAGAGUGCUCUAUAAAGGAUGUCCACUAUCUGGUCUGGUGAGGAGGUUGUCAAACAACUUCAAAUCCCAUGCGAAGCUGUAACUCACGUGACGUGGGAGCGGUGACGUUCAUAUGGUUCAUAUGGGUGGGCUGGGCUUACUGUAGAGAUUGGAGCUCCAUACUCCUCUCACUGGCGGCUGCUUCAGUCUUGGCCUGAGUUGCACGUAUCCGUCUUGUUUGACGUUUGGUGCACGAGAAGACUCACAAUGCUCCGCACCGUGAUUUCCAGGACUCUACCCGGAUUGAGCAGCCACCUGUCGGCUUGUCACUUCUCUGCAGCAGCCAUCCCAGCCCCCAGCACCCAGCCCGAGGUCCACUUCAACAAGGUACGGUUCACGCGUUAGCCUCGCGAUCACAAGAGUUCAAGUUCGGGGCAUUUGCCAACUGCGCACUUUGAAGUGUUCACAGUUUUUCUCAGACGAAAAUUUCACCCGUUCAGAAACAGAAAAUCCAUCUCAGAGGACUCAGACCGAGGCGCGUGUAGCUGUGAUCCAGUCUAUUGUCUGCUCGGGCGUCAAACGUGCAGAGUUUCUGCAGCCACGGAGCAAACUUAGAAAACCAUUAUUUCUCAAGAGAAAUCAUCAACACUGACGAGGUUAUAAAGGGUCAAUCAUUAACAGAAUCCUCCAAUAAAUCCAUAUUAUAUUGUUUUGUCAUGUACCCUACUUAGACAGGAGCAAUAAAUACCUGCGCCCCACCUAUUGGGUAAAAGAGGAGCCAUUGUGUCUAAUAAUUUAGCUGUAAGAACAUGUUGGACUUCUUGUUCUGCCUUUCCUCAGCAGUUACUCUUUGUAAUCUGUAUUUAAUGGAGUCCUCCUCAUUAAAUAAACACAUUUUAUUUAGGAUUCUUGCCAGUAUUAUUUUGGGGCAGUCUUUAAUAUUUACAGAGUAUUAAAGAAAAUGUGGAAAAAAGAUGACCAAUCAGUUUAGUUUUGGACUUUUAACACCAAUUACAAAUACCCUCAAAAAUCCUGACUGACACUGACAAAUGAUUUGACUUUUUCAUCGCCGCUAAUUGAAGAAUAAUGAUAGGUAACUGCAUCUUUCAUUGCAUGCAUUCAAAAGCACAGUGGUGUCAUUUUUUUUAUUAUGGUGGCAGCAUGAAGACAUACCUACUAUGGUAUGCCAAAAGGGACAAAAGUAAGCAAUUUCAAAACUGUAUGAGAUGAAAAUAGUUAAACAUAUAUAUCAACCUUUUAAAGAAGAACAAGUAAAUGAGAAGUACAAUUGAAAUGACAAGAAAGGACCUGUCCUCUUUUCUUUGUAUUUGAUCGAAUCAUGAAGCAUGUUCUUACAAUUUAAAAACAUGAAUCAUAAAACUGCUUUAAAGCUUCUGUCGGUAAGUGCAACUUCAAAAAAGUGUUUCUGCAAACAAGCAACUCCUUUUAAUUUGCCUUUGUGGGACUAACAAAGAAGCACCUUAUCUCUAAUGUCUUUUUAAGAAAAUAAUCUGCACAAGGCCUCAUGGCUUUUUCCAUUAAUAUAUCACAUUUAAAGUGUUUAAACAGGUUGUGUGACCUCAUGAUAUAGCACAUACAUUUCAGGUGUUGUUGUGACAAUUUCCUGUCUGGCUUCAUUCCUUGUGAGAGUUUGUUGCCUGUUUAAACAGGACCAGAAUACUCUUGGAGAAGUCCUUUGAGGAUAAAAAUCCUGGUACAGUGAACAACAGCCGUUUUUAAGACUAAAUGUCAACAUUAUCAGUGAAAUAUUUCUCUUCCUCUUUCCUGUUCACUCACCCUCUGGCCUGGUUAUGAUAUAACAGUCAAGUCUCUAAGAGGUCACCUGUGGGAGCAGAGGCAGUGUGUUAGAGAUUUAACUGGAACACUCCUGUCUUUGUGUGCUCUGAGUAUAUGUCAUUAGACAUGGAGUGUUGGUUUAAGGCAGAGGCUGUGCCGCUGUUUAAAGAUUAUCUUAUAUUGCGCUCACUUAUAAUAGAAAUAGAGGAGUGUCCAGAAGAUCACUGUAGCAUGACUCAGCUGUUUCUGAGUCUGAAAAUCUGAUUAUCUGUUUGUCAUUGACAUAACUAGAGUAGGGACUAAGAAUAUGAGCAUUUAGCAAAUAAUUUGAUGAUCAUCUGUUGACCCCCAAUUUACCAGUUGGUUAAAUGAAUUAUUAAAUUUCUGUAGUGUCAGCUGCACCCUGCAGUUUGACAUGGUUAACCUGCAGGCUCUGUGAUCCUGUGUUUAGCUGCUUUAAAUGAAUCUGGACUGUUUCUGAAGUGUUUUAAGACCAUCAGACCAGUUUGUCAGAAUUAAAGUUUCAGUUUGAAUGACUGUGAAACUAAACGUUUCAGGACAUCAGAUCAUUAGCUGCGCUUACAUGGACAGUAUUUCUUUAUUCUGAUUCAAGAUGUUGGGUUAGGUGCUUCGCUGCAUGUGAUUUAGUCAGAUCUGGUGUUUACAUGCAUCUUAAAAUUGAAGCUGAAAAGCUGUAUGUCCCGCUCAGAAUCUACAUUUGUUGUCCAAUUUCCAGUCCGAGUGCAAAUAGCAUUUUUUGUUUGACCGCUCCUUUCCUGAUAGAUGAUAUCUACCCUGUAUCCAACAUAGAAGUUGUUGUUAUUUCCUCCUCUCAUUUCAACAACAGCUGAUUAACCAAGCCUUUACUGCUUCUUAAUGCAAGAGAGACAAGGUACCACAAAGCUUUAGUGGUUCUGCUGCCAUAUGUGUAUGUAUGUAGCCAUGUGUAUGUGAAGGCAUUGGGUAUAAGCAGAAAGAACACAGAAACACUGUUUACAUGGCACUUUUUUCACUGCCACUUUUCACUUUUUAUUUUUCCAUUUAUCUAAGAUUGAUUAUUGUCUGUACAUAUAGUACAAACAUGAACAAACUGGUUCAUACACCAGUGGUAAGAAACGUCUCCACACCUGCUCUGCAGGUAACAAAAAGAGAGCGGCGUUCUCUGACACAUCUGUUCUGUCAGUGAUUGAUGACGGUGAAAUCCCACAUGUCAAGCAUAGACCUGCGUCUAUCUCUGUAGUUGGUUGAUCCUUCGGUUACUCUGAGCUUGAACAUUUGGAUCAUCAUGAGAGUAUGUGUUUUUGAACUGCUGAGCCUCCAUCAGCUGGAAAGUGGAGGUUUACCUGCUGUGAGAACAGAAACGUUUUUGUUAAUAUUCUGCUGAAUAACCAGCAAGAUUUUCCUUUUUCGAUUCUCCAAAUUAGUUUUCUUAUUUUAAGAUUAUUUUUACAUCCUUUAAAUUAAAACUAGAUAAAAUGUAAAAGAGGUUUUUGAGAAAAUAUUUGUAGUUUCUCUGAUCAAAAGAAAAAAUAUAUUGGUGUCUUUCAGCAAGCACAGGAUCUCAAAUUUCAAAAGGAUGACUCAAUACUCAAAACAAAAGUGGAAAUAUGUUUGUGUGAUUUGAACGUUUUGAAAAUUUUGAAUAUUUGAGUCACAUUUGUUUAUAAAAUUCAGUAUUGGUGGUCAGGAGUUAAAAUGUAAGUGGAAAAAAAUUGAAGUAAAAAAGAAACAAACAUUUAACAGUUAGUCACAGUCAGGUCACUCACUAGUACAAACACACUGACAUGUACUUCUAUCAGCUGCUGAAGCAUUUCCUGGAUAGCAAUCUGACUGGAGUCACUGUGUGUAGCUCUGCACAGUGGUGUAUAAAUGAUUUCUACUUUAGUGAAGACUCAGCGUGACAAACAUCAGAGCUCCAGAUAUCUGAGGUGAAACUCAUCACGGUGAAACCUCCUUUCACUGUGUAGAUAAUCGUCUCAGAGUUUAAUCAGUGCCAAGUCUAAUAAAUAGUUCCACUUAACCUAGAUUCCAGACGUUUAUUAUCUGAGGAAACAUGAGCUUGGCACAUACAACAAGUUUUUGUUGUUGGCAUAGUGAGUGUUAAAUAUCUCCAAACUGUUGACCCUCUGUCGUAUCUCUCUCCAUGCUACACUGACUCACAGCUUUAAAUUUUGGUAUCUCAUAAGAUUAACUGUCAGAACUUUUUCCAUUGAUUAAUUUUCGCACAAAGUAAAAUGAAACAGUUCAAUGUUAUCUCAAGAAAUGACGCGUUUUGACGAGAAAUUUGAAUGUUUCAGCUCUUCAUCAACAACGAGUGGCAGAAUGCUGUGAGUGGGAAAACUUUCCACACCAUCAACCCGGCAACCGGGGAGGUCAUCUGUGAAGUGGCAGAGGCUGAUGCGGUAAGAAUACACUCUGACACACAGAUUUAUUCACCUGUACAUAGGGCUGGGAUGAUAUGCUUACUCCUAUGAUUUUUUGGAUGCUGAUUCGAUUUAAAUUUCGAUUCUACGAUAUUGUCGAUUUCCUUGAUCUUGAUCCACAUUUUUAACAUCCAGUGAAAAAGUUGAAUGAUUAUGAUUGUCUACUGACUAUUCCAGGAAUCAUUUUUCCCGAAAAAAUACACAUCGUAUGUAAGUUGGUUUGUAAGAGUUAUUCUUAAAUUUAAAAAAAAAUAUAUUUUUGAACAUAAAAAUCAAUUUUAAAAAUUGUAAAACAAAAAAUCGCGAUACUUAUGUGAAUCGAUUUUUUCUCGCACUCCUAUCUGUACACCUGUGAGAGCAGGUUAAAAUGACUUCAAGUAAAGCUAACAUGAAAUUCACAUAGAUGCGUGUUUUCCAUGAAUACGACUCGAAUCCGGAUAUGCCGGACUUGUAACUCAGGAGAAGAGGACUCGGUCCAGACUUGACUCUGAUUUUUUUUUUCUUUGAUGACUUGGACUCAACUGACCACUGAGGACAUGAGACUCGACUCGGACUCAAACUUUGGUGACUCGACUACAACACUGCUCUAUGUACAGAAUCCAUAUGGAGAAUCUUUUGUUUCUUUUAAACUUGUCUGGGUUCCUCCACAGCCACAUUUCUAAAAGUCCUCAGUGACUCACAGUGGUUAAUGUUUUGGUGUUUUACCUCCAGGCUGAUGUUAACAAGGCAGUGAAAGCAGCAAGUGAUGCCUUCAGGUUAGGGUCACCAUGGCGACGGAUGGAUGCCUCACAUCGUGGUCUGCUCCUGUUCCGGCUUGCCGAUGCCAUCGAGAGGGACUCUGCGUACCUUGCUGUGGGUCACUUAUAAAAUCAGAUCACAAACAGAGCUUCUGGUGUUUUCAUCUGACUGAGCACUUCAUGUUGCUCUCAUGUUGUUUCCGCAGGAGCUAGAGACUCUUGACAAUGGGAAGCCAUAUGCAGUCGCCUACAGCGUGGAUCUGCCUAAUGUGGUUAAAUGUCUCAGGUAACAGACUUAUAUUACAACAGGCUGUAACUCUGCUGCUUUCUUACAUACUACUGCACAUGUUGGCUGAUUCAGUCUGGCAGGAUUAUAAAUUUAAAGGAAGUCCACAUAAUUAAACCAUGUGACCCCACUAAAAAACAUUAAAAAAAAACAUUUCUAGGAAGAAUGAAUUAAACUGUUAUCUACCAUUGUUACACUGUGAAGUUGGAUGGUCGCUGCACUCUGGCUGCUGGAUUCGUUUUCUCUAAACUUUUCCUGCAUGAGUGAGGUCUGUUGACAAAAAUGAAAAUGGGACUGUAUGUGGAUUAAGAUGAACAGCAUGAACAGCAUGAUCUGAUGUAUCUAAUGUAAAUCUAUGCCUCCACAUUUAUAAACAACAGCAGGUUUCAGGAGAUAUUUCAUCCUGAGCAAUCUUCCUCUCCCUUUUUGGCAACUCUGUGCACCUCUCCCUGCUCUCUUCUCUCCAACUGCACUUGAUUUACCUUACAGGACAAAACAAGCCCAACACAGCAGGCAGCAUAAUAAUUAUUCAGUCCCAGUGAUCAUACUCUAGGGAUCUUGCGGGCCCAUAAUUGUUACUGAAGUUGAAAUCUGAUCAAGUAUAUACAAGAUUUAGUAUAUAAUCCAGUACUAUGUCUCCUUCACCCUCCUCCUCCUUAGUCAGAGUUUAGGGUUGGAUUAGUACACUUGAUACCACGGUAGACGUUACAGAAAAGAGCUACAUGCUUUACUUAAAUGCUUCUGUCUUUCUGAUUCGAUCACAUGAACAAAUUACAGAGCAGCUGGUAUCUGUUGCACCACUUAUCCAAACAUGGUUUCUGUGUUGAGUUCAGGUACUACGCAGGCUGGGCUGACAAAUGGGAGGGAAAGACCAUCCCCAUCGAUGGAGACUUUUUCUGCUACACCCGACAUGAACCCAUUGGAGUCUGUGGACAGAUCAUACCGGUGAGAAGGAGGGAUAGAAUGUUAACCUGCUGUGGUUUUCUUUUGAUAAAUGUGAAUAAAUGCACUAAAUGCCAAAGAGAGAAAGAAACUGUCUCCAAAUUCAAAACAUCAUCACUUCUCUGUCCCUCACAGAGACGCAGCACAGCUCUUAAAAAAAACAGGUUAUGAGAUUAAAAUCUGCAGAAAUCUGGCCCCGUUUCACCUCUGCCAACAUAUUUUGUCCCUCAUCAGUCAGCCAGUCUCUGCUCAGAUAAAAUCAACACAAACUGCCACGCCUUCAGUCAUGCUGAACAUGUCUAUGAUUUAUUUUGAGUUCAUGUCAGGUCACAGAGGGAGGGCAGGAGGAGAGAGUCCUCAUACAACUCCCUCCAAGGACAUGUCAUUCUAAACCAGUGGCUGCAGGAAAUCAUCUAGGUCACUGGCACAAACAGAGGGGUGUGUGCCGAUAGCAGGGAGAUAAAGACGAUCAUUUACAUGUUUAACACUCAAUGACUGCUCUGUAUGCAUUGUGCAUUUAAUAAUGCAUAAAAAAAACUGAUACCUGCAGAUAAACCUGAAUAUCUUAGAAAACCUCAAAAUGUUUAAGUUGAUCUUAAUUUUAAUGUAAAUCUUUGAGGCUUUUCAUCUCCUAAUUGAGAAGAUUGUAAAGGAAAGAGUCACAAAACACAGCAGAAAUCUCACAUCUUAACAAGUGUAUUUCUCUCAUUUUUGGUAUAUCUCUUAACACCUGAUAUAUACUGUAUAUAUAUAUGUAUAAAUGGAUAUAUAUGUAUGUUUAGCUGUCCGCAUUGACUGAUCUUUGAUGCUGUUUUUCUAGCAACAAUGAGAAGCAGGUGAUUGUAAUCUUUACUAUUAAGUUUAAUGUUGAGAGAGAACAGUGCUAUGGAGCAAUAUAGUGCCAACGGUCACAAAGUCCUCUGUGAGUUCAAUUUAAACUUCAGUUUUUAAAAAAGGCAUGCGUGUUAUACACAGUGCAGCGAUUAAAAAGUGAAGGUCACAACAAUUUGGUUUGAUACCGUGACUCUUUUUGUCAUUAUUAUAUUUGGUCUGGGGGAGGCAGAAAGUUUGGGUGACAACUGCUCUGAUGAAACUCGAACUUGUUUACUUUCUCACGACUUCUUCUCUGCUGAGUAAAACAAAAACAGCUGCGCGCUGCGUGCCUUAAACUUUUGAGGCAUGUUGGAGUUUGAUAAGCUUCAGUCUUAAAGGAUAUAGAAGUGAAGUAACACAGCAUGUAGAGCAGGACUGACUCUUUCUCUCUCUACAGUGGAACUUCCCUCUGCUGAUGCAGGCGUGGAAGCUUGGUCCUGCCCUCGCCACGGGAAACACUGUGGUGAUGAAGGUAGCUGAGCAGACGCCACUCACAGCGCUCUACGUGGCCAACCUCAUCAAAGAGGUACUUUUUAUUCACACUCACUCUCAAUUUUUAUCCAUAAACAAACCAAAAAUGUACAUUUGGUCAGUUUGGUUCAUCACUGUCAUCCUCAGUGACACUUGGUUUAAAUAAUGAUUAGUGUCUGCCUGUCAAAUACACCUAAUAACACCUGCUAACGAGGCUCCUGCCUGACAGCGCUGCAGCUAAGUUUGAGGAAGCAAUUCUAGCUGCUCUAAAUCUGUAUUUUUUUAGGACACGAAGAGCUCCUUUGUGAACACUUUCACUGAAGCCAGGAGAAACCAAUGGUUGAAUUUUAUUUGAACCAGGUCUUACAUACACAAAGGCCUGGAUGACCCCAAACACCUCAGAGGGACACUUUCUAAUGACAUAACUGUUGUAGAUGGCAUCAGUCUGGCAUCCAGCGCCACUGUUAAGAAUCAGGGAGUUCUCUUUGACCGGGAUGGAUCCUUCAAGUCCCAAAUCCAACAAAUCUCCAGAACUGCCUCUUUUCAGCUGAGUAAUAAAUCAAGCAUCAUAUCUUAAAGCGCUCCAAGUUCCCUAUUACCCCUCUAGAACAGUAAGGUCCCAAUGUGCAGGUCCGCUCAUUGUACCUAAAGUCUCUCAAAGUGGUCUGGGUGGUAGAGCUUUCAGUGAUCAGGCCCCUUUCCUAUGGAAUCAUCUACCAGUCCAGGUCCAGGGGUCAGACUCCCUCUCUACCUUUUAAGAGUAGACUUGAAAUGUUUCUCCUUGAUAAAGAUGGUUCUCUAUAAAAAUGUAAUGAUUGUGAUUGAAAUGUCUGGUUGUCUUUGCAGGUGGGUUUUCCUGAAGGUGUUGUGAAUAUCCUGCCUGGCAUGGGGCCAUCAGCUGGAGCUGCUAUCGCUGGACACAUGGACGUUGACAAGGUGGCGUUCACUGGCUCCACAGAGGUAGGAAAAUCCUGUGAUUCUGUUGUUAGUUUGCUAGUUUGUUAGUUAGUUUGUAACAUGGUGUAUGGGGCUGAAAUGCAAACAUGACACACAUUAUCAGAGUAAGCUUGAUCAGAUGGUGGUCAUUCUUAACUGUGUGACAGCUAUCUAGCAAAAACAGAAAGAAAACAGUAGGCAGAGUGCGCUUGGAAACAGGAGUUCUUAUUUAGAGCAGGACACAGAAAAGAGACACCAUUACCUCUCUCACGGUCUCUGUUUUUCGUCUGUCAGGUGGGUCACCUGAUCCAGCAAGCAUCAGGCAGCAGCAACCUGAAGAAAGUCACUCUGGAGCUUGGAGGAAAGAGUCCAAACAUCAUCCUGUCUGAUGCCGACUGUACGUGUCUUUGCCUUUUAUAUCUCCAUGAUAAUAUUCAGUGCUGUGUUUGUAUCCAGCAGAGAUGAAAUAAAGAAUUUGUACUUGAAUCUAGAAAGAAUUGGACCAGUCAGCAGAAACAAGAUUUUCAGACAGGAGUUCAGAGUGUUUGAGGAUGUGACAGUAAUUGUCUUCUCUUUGUUUCCUCCCUCAGUGGCUGAUGCCGUGGAGCAGUCCCACUUUGCUCUGUUCUUUAACCAGGGUCAGUGCUGCUGUGCCGGCUCACGGACGUACGUCCAGGCUGACAUCUACGACGAGUUUGUGGAGCGGAGCGUGGAGAGGGCAAAGAGACGAGUGGUGGGAAACCCGUUUGACUUAAAGACCGAGCAGGGACCUCAGGUAACACUCUCAGUCAAGCAGACUGUAAGUCACAUUAUUUGACAGGAGAACUCUCACCUUGCCCGUUUGUUUACCUGUGCAGGUGGACCAGGAGCAGUUCAACAAGAUCCUGGGUUACAUCAGCAGCGGGAAGAGAGAGGGCGCCAAGCUGAUGUGUGGAGGAGGAGUGGCUGCAGACAGAGGGUACUUCAUCCAGCCCACCGUCUUUGGAGACGUCCAGGACAACAUGACCAUCGCCAGAGAGGAGGUAGGACGGCUAGGAGAGGGUCAUACUGAGUCAGUCUGUGUAGUUCAGGUCAUUUAUACUCUAGAGCCAAAGAUGAACUUUGACUGCUGCAUACAUCAGUCUAGAGAAGAGGAGGAGGGUAGACUUUAUUAAAGCCAAAGGGGAAGUUUAGUUUUUUCUCUCUUGGUCUAUUUUAUUUAGCUUUGUGUCUAAUGUCAGGGUAAGACGGCUGAAAAUAAACAGCGCCCAGAGCAGCUAGGAGUCGGUAUGUGUAAAUAUGCUGUGCAAGAAAUCGUAACCAGUUAGAGAGCAUUUUUAACACAUCUUCUACAUUUGGGUCUGCCUGUGAAUUAUCCUGUGUGGACCAGAGCUGUGGUAAUUUAACAUUUUUGAUUAUAACUGACUGUCUUUUUUGAGAACAUUCAAAUGGAUUGAAAAUUAAAAUUAGAUCGAAAUUAAAUAAAAAGUGUAAAGUGAUACUGUGAGUUCAUGGCUGAGCUGCUUUAUGUAACCCAUAAAAGAGACACAGCUGCUUGCAGUACUUUUAAAACCUUACAUUCAGAGUCUCUUCAGGUUACUGAUAAACUAAACAUGUAUACUUUGUAACUGCUCUUUAAUUGUUUUCAUUCAGUUUAGUAACUCAUGAGCUAUAUGAAGUAGCUUAUACUGCAAAAUAAAAGCAGAGUUUCACAGUGCAGGGAACAGAGCAACCUAAAAGUAAGAAAUAAAAAUAUGUCAGAAAGUUUUGUCUCAAACUGUUUCCGUAACAUCUCGUUUCCUGCUGCAGAUCUUCGGGCCAGUGAUGCAGAUCUUAAAGUUUAAAGAUCUGGAGGAAGUGGUGACCAGAGCCAAUGAUAGUAAAUACGGUCUGGCAGCCGCCGUCUUCACCAAAGACAUCGAUAAGGCCAACUACGUGUCCAACGGGCUGAGAGCAGGAACAGUCUGGUAGGAGACCACAACAAAUGAAAACACACAGAUGUUAAAGUUCUGAUCAUUUCUGAUUUCAUUUAAUACUGUUGUAAUCUCGAUGGCAUUGGAGAUGAGGGAAACCUCAAUGCCCCUUCGAGGAUAAAUACAGGUUUGAAAUUGAAAUUUACAGGAAUAGUGAACUAUCUUGAAGUGUGGUGUUUUUUUUAAAAAGAUUUAACCCUUUCCCCAUCAGCUGUAAUAUUGCAUUUCUAAUUUUUAACAUAAAAUGUAAAAUCUCUCCUCAGAUUCUUCUGGCAUGAAAAAUUACAGACUAAGUUGUAAUCUGCUCUUUUCGCUUAAGUUUUAGAAAACAUCGUUUUAAAUUAACUUUUUGUUCAUUUAGCCAACAACAGUAUUUCAAACAGACUAUAGAGCAAACCACAGCAUGGAUACUGCCCUGCUUAAAGCUGUAACUGACAUCAGAGUUAUUGUAGACCAGAAUAAUGUGGCAGUGCUCCAUAUUUUGAGAACUUGAGAAAGAUACAGAAUUUAAAUUCAUGCUUUUUUUCACCAGCUGCACUGAAGACUGUAACUCCCUUUUUAGUAGUUUGCCAAAAAAGCAAACUUGUUCAGAAGGUCUGAAUGGAGAGAGUCUGAACCUGUAAAAAGAAACCAUUAACACGACCCUCUGGUUUUCUUUUUGAGCUCUUCACAGCCUUGCUCCUCCAGACAUCACAGAUUUACUCUCUUUGUAUUCCCUGGUCAGGUCUCUGAGGUCAUCAUAGGUCAUUUAUUUCAAUGUCCUAUUUAUGUCUACCUGCAGGAUCAAUUGCUAUGAUGUGUUCGGAGUCCAGGCUCCUUUUGGAGGGUACAAGGCUUCAGGAAAUGGCAGAGAGCUCGGAGAAUACGGCCUGGAAAACUACACAGAAGUCAAAACGGUAACACACUAAAAUACACCUCAUCUGAUAAAAUGUUCAGAUAUUCUGCACACCUGAUUAUAAGGCGCACUGAGGAUUUUUGAGAAAAUUAAAGGAUUUUAAGUGCGCCUUAUAGUGCAAAAAAUACGGUAAUAUCUAAUUCAGUGUUUGGAGUUUAUCAUGUGAAUUGCUUUAAAUCAGGACCUUCAGGACAUGAGGUGGGCUGCUCUUAUCAUUACAGAAUUUAUAAGUUGAGAUUCAUAUUUUAAAUUAUAUUUAAUUUACUUCAACAGUCUUCAGUUUUGCAUUUGAGAGUCGCAAUUUCAGUCUGAUUUCAGGUCAGCAUUUGUUUCGGCUUUAGUGAUAAACAUACAACAAGGAGGCAAACACACUAAACAGUUUUUAUCUCCCAAACAGAAAUAACAAAGGGCCUGUGUCCAGUAACAGCAUUUUCAUAUUUGAUUGGUAGUGUCUGUUCUCAGCACAAAACCAGUGAAGUCAAGCAUCCAAAGUGCAGAAAGUCACUCAGUGUCAGCUGCUUUUUGUGGCUGCACUCUCAGAAAAUUGUUCAUUUUCUGGAGCAGCACCAUGUCUGUCAGUAUCGCUUGCCUCCACCAGCCAAUCAGAAUCAAUAAAGGGUAGGAUUUGUGAUAUUGACUCUGUCAACAACAUUGAUAAGGGACUGUGAAGAGGAGAACCUAAACACUUGUUUUCUUGAGGGUAAAAUGCCCAUGUGUGUAGCAGCUGCUAACGCUAAGCCAUAUUUUUGUGAAUUGUCUGUGUUUCCUUCGCUCUUUUUCCCCAGAAUAAAACCAGAAAUACAACACAGGGGUCAUUUAAAGCAGGAUCUACAGAGGAACAACUUUCGUGACCCAAAAUCAAUAUGUACUCUGAAAUUUGCUCAGACACAGGCCCACAAGGAUAAAAUGAAAAAUAGUGGCAUUGCCCUGAAAUUUAGAGGGAUAACCACCCACAGUUAAUUUGUUCUUUUGUAAAAUUUUGAGUCCAAAGAACUACUAAUUUUUUUUCCUCUUAUCUCUAGGUGACCAUGAAGGUGCCACAAAAGAACUCAUAAGCAUGUGCAAUAAUCGCCGCCAAGCAGGAAGCAGCUAAGAGGCCACAUCACCGUGACAAAUUCCUACCUGAUAAGAAAGUUCAAUCAUUAAUUUGACACAAUCAAACUUUAUACUGUGAAAAGUCGAAGAAGUUUUACUCUCCACAUUACAUUAGUUUCAGAAAUAUAAGGUCUGCUCAUGAUCAGCCAAGCAACUUUCAUUUCUGCUGAGUCAGUGUAAUUAACAGAGUCUAUAUCUUUUCUUAAUAAAUAUAUUUGGUGCUCUCA